AGUUUAUUCUCAUUUGUUAGUUUUACUGUCGCCAGCCUAAAGAAGGUCAGAGGCUCCUUAGACCCCUCUGAGUUCCCGUUUACACUGCUGUGUACGUCGCUUCAGUUCUUCAGAGACACUUAAAAUCAAUCACAAUGGCUCGAAUGAACAGACCAGCUCCUGUAGAGAUCACCUACAAAAAUAUGAGGUUCCUCAUUACCCACAAUCCUACAAAUGCCACUCUGAACAAGUUCAUUGAGGAGCUGAAGAAGUAUGGCGUCACCACGGUAGUUCGAGUCUGCGAAGCCACCUAUGACGCCACCCUAGUGGUGAAAGAGGGAAUCCAGGUUCUGGAUUGGCCGUUUGAUGACGGUGCUCCUCCCUCCAACCAGAUAGUUGAUGAUUGGCUGAAUCUGCUGAAGGUGAAGUUCAGGGAGGAGCCCGGCUGCUGCAUCGCUGUGCACUGUGUGGCAGGACUUGGGAGAGCUCCGGUGUUGGUGGCCCUUGCGUUGAUUGAAUGUGGGAUGAAGUAUGAAGAUGCUGUCCAGUUCAUCCGACAGAAGCGUCGAGGAGCUUUCAACUGCAAGCAGCUGUUCUACCUGGAGAAAUAUCGUCCAAAGAUGCGCCUACGCCAUCGCAAUAACUGCUGCAUCCAGUAGAACCGAACCAUAAGCCACGCCCCCAUCUGUCCUCGGUACAGAAGAGCUCCACUCAUCUUCUUCAGCUUCUCUCGUUUUUGUUCCUUUCUGUAGGCAUGACCAGGCUGCUUGAGCUCCCGCUGUGGGCUCAGCAGUUCUGGGUUGUCCCGGUGUCAAAGUGGGAUCAGCUGCUUCUGGAAGUGUGUCCCAAGAACUGAAUUGGCUGUUAGACUCAUACGAACCUGAUAAUAGGAAGCAUAAAGCCUCUGUGGUCUGUAGUUUGUCCCCCUUUUCUGUUUGAGUUCAGUUUGUGGGGUGAGUAGAGAGGUGGUAAGCCUUCCUUUAGUCAGACGGAUCAUCCAUAAAUGCCUUAAACGGAAGUGGAGCAGAGGCGCUCCCAGCGGGACUUGACUCCUGCUGCUGGCAUUUGGAAAAGGUGUUUCAGAAACCUAAACACGUUGCCUUUGUCUCACGCAGGAGGUUUACACACUUCUGCCCUUUUACUUCUUACUUUUAAACAUCGGUUGCCUAAUUGUUGCGUUAUUUGUCAGGUUUGUAUUUGUUAUCGAUGCGUUUCUGUUUACUAAUUUACUGCCAUGUUCAAAAUGUGAGUUUUGUUUUCUCUUCUGCUUCAAACUGGACUUCCAACGUCUGCGAUGCGGUGUCUGCCUUUUAUUUGGUGUCUGUAACUUAAGACUUGGAUACUUGAUGAUUUUAUGUAUUUGAAAAUGUGUACUAUUAUUAUUGUUAGGUUGGCUAUUUAUACUAUCGUGGAUGUGUGGUUUAGUACAGUGAGAGAUAAAGUUGUACCUUGUUCACCAACGUGAGAUUACAUUAAAUGACACCGAAAAGAAA